ACGUCAUACCCCACAGCGAGGGGUGAGCCGGCUCAUGUUCGCGGGAUCGCAUAACGGCUGUUAGCUGAGCUCCACGCUAUUUCUGAGCGCUCCAGGAUCGGCUGCUUCCAAACGGCAGCCGCCGGUCGCACCCCCGGUUCUUACAUGAAAUUCUUCAAGAUACCGUCUAUCAAGGUGUUUUGGGACAUUUUCUAGCCGCGCGAGAAUGGCGGGAAAAGAGGAAAGCUACGCCCGUCACCCUGAAGGGGUCGACAUGACUGUGGGCAACGCCGCCUCCGGGGGAACGCCGGAGAAACAAGAAGGAUCGGAGCGGCCGACAUGGGGACACAAGGUGGAUUUCAUCCUGUCGUGUGUCGGCUUCGCCGUCGGCUUGGGGAACGUGUGGCGGUUUCCCUACCUGUGCUACAGGAACGGCGGAGGAGCGUUCCUGAUCCCGUACUUCAUCUGCCUGGUGGCAGGGGGCGUUCCUGUGUUCUUCCUGGAGAUCUUCCUGGGCCAGUUCAUGAGCCAGGGCGGCAUUGGCUGUUGGAAGAUAUGCCCCAUAUUCCAAGGCAUCGGGUUUGCGACCACCGUGAUCUGCUUCCUCCUGAACAUCUAUUACAUCAUCAUCCUGAACUGGGCAGCCUACUUCUUCGGUCGCUCCUUCACAUCAGUACUGCCCUGGUCACACUGUGAUAACCCAUGGAACACAGAGUACUGUACCACCAACUUCACCAAGCCAGACACCGGCAGUGCUGCCAACAUGACCAACAUGACCCUGGAUGGCAACAUGACAGCCUCCAACACCACCAACAUCACACAGAUAUCUCCUGUCGUCGAGUUCUGGGAGAACAAAGUGCUGAACAUGUCAGAGGGAGUGGAGGACCUUGGGGAGGUGCAGUGGGAGCUGGCCGUGUGUCUUCUCUGUGUCUGGAUCGUCGUCUACUUCUGCGUCUUCAAGGGGGUCAAGUCCACUGGCAAGGUGGUUUACUUCACGGCUACCUUCCCAUAUGUGAUGCUGACUGUCCUGCUGAUCCGGGGCGUCACACUAGAGGGCGCUGCUGACGGGCUCUUCUUCUACCUGAACCCAGACUGGGAGAAACUGAAGGACCACAAGGUGUGGAUCGAUGCAGGCACACAGAUUUUCUUCUCCUAUGCCAUUGGCCUGGGCUGCAUGACAGCGCUGGGCAGCUACAACAAGUUCCACAACGACUCCUACAAACAGAGCAUCCUGAUUGCCACAGUGAACAGCUUCACCAGUCUGUACUCCGGCCUGGUGGUGUUCUCGGUGCUAGGCUUCAUGGCCAAGGAACAGGGGCUCCACAUCAAGGACGUGGCAGCUUCAGGUCCGGGUCUGGUGUUCAUCGCGUACCCGCGAGCGCUGUCGCUGAUGCCCCUCGCUCCGCUGUGGUCAUGUCUCUUCUUCUUCAUGAUCAUUCUGGUCGGACUGGACAGUCAGUUCGUAGGUGUGGAGGGUUUUGUGACCGCUGUGGUUGACAUGAUCCCGUACCUGCGCCGAGGAUACAACCGAGAGCUCUUCAUCGCCGGACUCUGCAUAUUCAACUUCCUGUUAGGACUCACCAUGGUCACAAAUGGAGGUAUCUACGUCUUCCAGAUCUUCGACUACUACUCUGCCAGCGGCAUCUCCCUUCUCUUCAUGUCCUUCUUCGAGUGUGUGGCCAUCGCCUGGAUCUUUGGAGUGAACCGUUUCUAUGACAGUAUUGAACUGAUGAUUGGGUACAAGCCUCUGCCAUGGUUCAAAAUCUGCUGGACUGUCCUCACUCCUCUUAUUGCUGUGGGCAUUUUCCUGUUCAUGUGCGUGACGUGGUCUCCGAUGGAGUUUAAGCACUUCACGGCGACAUACUACUUCCCGACCUGGGCGGAGAGUAUCGGCUGGUGCAUGGUGGUGGUCGCCAUCCUGUGUGUCCCCGUCACCGCCGUCGUCAAGAUCUGCCAGGCCAAGGGAACAUUCCGGGAGCGGUGGCAAGAGGUGACCACUCCACAGCUCCAGUACCACCAGCUACGACCAAAGGACAAGCUGGCGCGGGGACUCAGUAUCGACUCCGACCCCUCCACACCCCCGCCACCGUACUCCGAUGUACAGCAGUACGACACCGCGCUGUAGGCUGCUCGCAAAGUCUUCCAGGGACCGUUUAGGCCACGCCAAUUUAACUUGUUGGUUCUCAUAUUUUAAAAACAUAAUGAUAAAGAAAAUCUGUAACCAUGAAAAGAGUCGGAAAGGAAACGCUUGUGCCUUUGUACACAAAGAGUUAGCACACUACAUGUAUAUUCGUCAUUAGUUUUCUUUUUAUCCCUCCCUUUUCAUGUAAUCCACUGGCUGAUUUUUUACUUUAUGUCCAAUAACCAAGAAAAUAUUUUUUUGUGGCCUUAGGUAAGUUUAGUAAAUACUGGUUAGGCUGUAGGCCGCUUUGAGCUCAAUGUCUUUCAAAGAUCAUUUAUACUCCAGUAAUUAAAUACCAGAGAAACUCUUACAAAAACUGAAGCAACGGCUCAAAACUCUAAUACCUAGCACAAUGGGGAAUAAUCAGAAUAAUCUAAACACGGAUAGUGAGUGUGUGAGUGGACAUAACCAAAAUGAUCAUGUGAACCGUUUCAGUCUUCCACCACUUCUGUGAUGUCAUGCCACGUACAUAGGACAUAUCACAAGUGAUAGACAGUAUCAAAGCAAGGUUCAAAAUCAUGUGCAGCUCAGAAGUGAAGACAAUUUUGUUAACUGCCAUAUACUAGGAGCUGAUAAAGAAUGGGCUUAUUUCUCUAUAGCUUGCUUGAGCACAGCUGAGCGAGUUUUUUGCCUAGAGAUAAGAAAUCUUUUGGGUGUCAAAAGUCUAAUUAUGAAGGUUUAUACGGUAUGCACGCAUCUUGUUGGUGUACUUUAACUUGCCUAACAUUUUAUUUUCAAAUGAUAUAUUCUUUGUUUUUCCUGGUGUGUGCAGGGCUUUGAGCCAUAUUUGUGCUCUAUUUUGUUGUGUGUCCAAAUACAAGAGAAUCAUGACUGGGUAUUACAUGUAUCCAUGAGUCUGGGGUAUCAUCCAUAUAUGUUACUACCUGUGACAGCUGCCCUACAUUUGAUAUGAACUAUAUGUACUACAGAAUAAACUGUUUUAUUCUCUCUUUA